UUAACAUUCAGACCGGGGAAUGAAAUGGAAAAUGGAUUGGGGCCAUCCACCAACAACACAAGGAGGACCUCAUCAACAUCAUUACCUGUUUCUGAUCAAAGAAGGACUUUCUUUUCAGAAGCCGAACUAAAUCGUAUAGUGGCAAGAACCAAACAUACGACUGAACGUUUUAAUGGCGCUGAUUUAAUGUCCAACGGUAGUGUCGACAACUCACACAACCCACUUCAUUCUGAAUUAGGUGAUUCUUCCUUAACCUUUUCAUCGGCUGCAUUUCUUAGUUCUACUCCGUUAAGAGACAGACUUAGCACACCACCUCACACAGCAGCACCAAUUACCGGAAAUAUUUUUAGGCAGCCAUGAAUUGGCGUGUAAUCACCGUAUCAGUUUUAACUUCUUUUAUUUAUCAUUAAGGUCAAUUACCGCAGGAAAUUAUUAACUUCAUGGCUGAGUCUAACGCUAAACAAGAGCGUUUGAUGAGCAUUGUUACGACGCUUGCCACACAGAAAACAACACAGGUAGUGUCACAGGACCAGGCCGAUGAUAUGAUAGAUUCCUUGGAGCUUCCAUUCAACGAUUUUGAGGAAUUUCUAUCUUUUGACGAGAAAAUACUUUCUUUUUAUGAUAAAAAAAUCAAUUAU